CUAUAUAAGCUGACAAUAUAGUAGCUAGCUUCAUUACAUUAUUAGUAUUAUCUAAUUUCUUGCUUCAUAAUAGUUGUUUCCUUCUUAAGACAAUGGCACUGAGUGGUAAGCUUAGUACUGAAAUUGUGAUCCAUGCACCUGCUGGAAAGUUCUUUAAUCUUGUGUCAAAAUCUCUCCACCAUGUUCAAAAUAUUUGUGAAAGAGUGCAUCACACCAAGCUGCAUCAGGGUGAGGACUGGCACAGCAUCGGCGGUUCGGUUAAACACUGGACUUAUGUUAUAGAUGGUAAAGUAACGACAUGCAAGGAGACAAUUGAAUCUGUUGAUGAGAAGAACAAGACAAUCAAAUUUAAUCUCUUUAACGGAGACAUAAGUCAACAGUAUAAAGUCUUGAAGCUCACCAUUCAAGAGAUUGAUAACAGCAAUGGAAGUGUUUCAGUUAAAUGGACACUUGAAUAUGAGAAAAUUAAUGAUAAUGUCGAAGCUCCUUAUGGUUACAUGGAACUCUUUGACAAAUCUACUAAAGAGAUGGAUGCUCAUCUUCUCAAGGCAUAAUAAUUACUAAAAGAAAAUUAGAAACACGUUAUAUGCAUGGUUGGAAUUUAAUAAGGGGUAGAUUUUCGGGACUGUUUUGGAAGUAGUUAAGUUUUUAUAUAAAUUAAAUAAUACGUGUGAACUUGGGUGAAGAAUAGAAUAAGGAAGUAUGUUUUCAAAGUCCAACCUUACAUGUAUGUUUAUCCUUCGUUUGAAUGGAUUGAACUAUUGUAUGUAUGUAUGUAUGUAUAUAUGUAUGUAUGUAUGUAAAGUCAUCGUUAAUGAUUUCUUUUGUUGGUUGCGUUUAUGCCAUGGAUAUAUGGAAAUUUAAAAGUA